UGCGUUCUAAAUUAAGCGAAAUGAUGCCCUAUUUUACCUCUUCGGUGUAUUUAAUCGAAAAUGCUAAAAUAUUGCAAUUUGUUAUUGCUUCCCUUCAAAUGAUUUUCAAUGUUUGACCUUCUAAAUGUUGUUUUAUAGCUAGUAAUGCAUUGAGUAUUUGACAGCACCAAUAAUGUACUAAAGCGAAACAUUCAACAAGCAGUAGCCGCCAAUAAAUGCAAGUCGAAAUGCGUUUACUUUUGGCUGAAGUAUUCAGGUUCCAUGCUCGAUACGGCAAAAAAUCGAUUCGGUACUGCAGUUCAAUCCCCGCUAUGGAGAAACAGCUGGAGGUUGGUGGGCAUAAAAUUAAUUAUGUCGAAGCUGGCUCGGGCGAGAAGGGCGUAAUACUACUACCGGGAGCUCUCGGAACAGCUUGGACGGACUUUAAGCCGCAGAUUGAACAGUUGCCAAAGUUUCUACCGAACCAUAGGGUCAUUGCCUGGGAUCCACCUGGUUAUGGCAAGUCACGGCCACCUGAGAAGGAGUUUGGUUUGGACUUUUUCGAAAAGGAUGCUGAAGCUGCUGCCUGUUUGAUGGAAAAAAUCGGAUUCAAAAAAUUUUCAAUCAUUGGUUGGAGCGAUGGGGGAAUAACUGGUCUGAUUCUGGCUGGAAGAAAGCCUCCGCUGGUGGAAAAGUUGAUUAUUUGGGGUGCGAACGCAUACAUCACUAAAAAAGAAUCAGAGAUUUAUGAAAGUAUUCGCGAUGUUAACAAAUGGUCCGUACGAAUGCGUGAACCGAUGGAGCAGGUUUAUGGCAAAGAUGGGUUUCCAAGAAUUUGGUCCGCUUGGGUGGAUGGAAUGCUUAGAUUUUAUAAAGAACGCGAUGGGGACAUUUGCAAAGGGUCGCUGGAGAAUAUUAAAGCGCCGACAUUCAUCCUUCAUGGUGCGUUGGAUCCCAUGAUUGUUCCCCAACAUGUGCCUCAUUUCAUAAACACUAUUCCUGACACUGACCUACAUGUUUUUGUGGAUGGUAAACAUAAUAUUCAUCUAAAAUAUGCCGAGGAAUUCAACAAGCUCGUGAGUGACUUUAUCCGGAAAUAGUCUGCCAUUCUUUAGAUGUACAGAUGUACUUUGAAAAAGUACAGUUUUAAUUAUUUCUUAAGUUCAAUUGUUUUAUAUUAUUCAAAAAUAUACAUUCAAUUUAUCGCAUCUCUUA